ACAAUAUAAAUAAGGAUAAUACAACGUGUAGGUGCGUACGUAUUAUAAGGUAAUGUAAGACCCGGAGUUCAAGGUGGUUGUACACACAGAACUACAUACAGAAAUCGCUUGUAGUUACUGUUAGGUACUCAUUAAUGCGUUGCUGGGUAUUGAGUUAAGUCGAGUGGAGUGUUUUAGUGAAAUAAUUAUAUUUGUGAAUUGUAAAAUGUUACGCCAACAUGAGGAGAAAAAGAUUGGUAGCGGGCUUCGCAACUUCAAUAGCCCUAGUGCUGUUGGAGAUGACAACAUUCGUGCUUGGGCUAACAAUGUUCUCACCUACUGUCUCUUUGAUUUCUAUUGGUGCCCACGGUUCAGCUGCGAUCGCCCUGACCUACUUUGUACUAGAUGGCUGGCUGUGUGAUUGGUAACCAAUGAACACCAGCAUCUGACCCAGUCGAAUGAGUACAAAGCCGGAUGGUCGUUUUACUUGGUACUGGCCGGUGUAGCCACCACCCUGGGGUCGUCACUGCCGGUCGGAUACAACAUCGGAGUUGUUAAUACGCCCGCUGAGGUUAUAAAAAAGUUCUGCAACGAGAGUUUCAUAAGCCGGUACGAUGUGAGUCUAGACGAGAAAUGGAUGAACGUGCUCUGGUCCUCUGUGGUCUCCAUCUUUAUAGUGGGAGGAUGCACGGGUUCCGUACUCGGCGCCAUACUCGCCGACAAAUUGGGCAGAAAGAAAGCUACGAUUGUUACCAGCGUAUUGUUCUUGUUUGGUGCCUUAUGUUUCAUGGUGUGCCGCGCCGCGAACUCUGUAGAAUUGCUCAUCCUCGGAAGGUUACUGGUUGGUCUGGCGGGUGGUUUAACAACAAGUAUAGUGCCAAUGUAUUUAACAGAACUGGCUCCACUAAGUCUGACAGGCGCUAUGGGUGUCGCGUGCCCCAUGGGGGUGAAUGUUGGAGUCUUAGUGGGACAAGUUAUGGGGCUUAAGUUCCUAUUGGGCGGUGUCGACGACUGGCCCUACCUUCUGUCCGUCUACGCGUUGCUAGUCAUUUUAUGUUUACCAAUAUUAUUUAUGUUGCCAGAAAGUCCAAAGUAUCUUUAUGUAGUUAGGAAGAAUGAAACUAGCGCUAUUAAUGAAUUGAGCCGAGUCCGUGGCGUGUCGGCUAGCAUUCUCACGGAUGAGGUGGACAGCCUGCGCGAGGAGUCGCGCGUGGAGGUUGCCGACGAUGACCACUGGAGCAUGUUGCGGCUGGUGAUGGAACCGCGACUUCGGCUGCCUCUGCUGCUCGCCUGCUCCAUGCAGGCUGGGCAGCAGACCAGCGGGAUCAACGCUGUGUUCUAUUACUCGCAAACGAUCUUCAAACAAGCAGGCCUGUCGGAGGCGAACUCUCAGUACGCGACCAUCGGGUGCGGCGCGAUCAACGUGUGCACGGCGGUGCUGAUGCUGCACUUGUUGCCGCGCCGCGGCCGCCGGCCCCUGCUGCUCGCGUCCGUGCUCAGCGCUGCCGUCAUACUCGCUGUACUCGCCGUCACUAUGAUAUAUAUUAAUAUGCUAUCGUGGAUGCCCUACGUGUGUAUGGUGGCCGUGCUGUCGUAUGUUCUAGUCUAUGGGUUCGGUCUUGGGCCCAUACCAUAUUUUAUAGCUUCAGAGAUCUUCGAGGUGCCCCCGCGUCCUGCAGGCAUGGCUUGGGGCUCGCUCGCCAACUGGGGAGGUAACUUCCUGGUGGGCAUGUCCUUCCCCACAAUGCGAGAAGCUAUCGGGCCCUACUCCUUCAUCGUCUUUUCUGUCAUCACGGCAGCACUCUACGUCUUCCUAAAAAUCUAUUUCCCGGAGACACGCGGUAAAACACCGAGUCAAGUGUCGCAACUGUGCAGCCGCGGCUUCCAAUCUCGGCCGCACAAUACCCCCGGCCUUACUGGAAUAUGACACCGUUCGGCCCGUGCGGCCGCCGAGUACAGACGAGUGGGACACUGGCGAAUUUAUCUGUUUGUGGAAAAUAAUACGUAAUGUCAUCUCUGUAAGAUAUAAUUUAGAAUGGCAGUUAUUCAUAAAAACGUCAAACUUCUAAUCAACUGCUGUGAAAUGCUUUGUCUCUUUCUUUCAAGUGGAAUUCGAUAGAGACAAAGAAAUAGUGGUAGGAGAUUACGUUUUUGUGAAUAACAGUUCUUUUUUACCUCACUUAAAAGCGGUUUGUGAUGGUUAUAUUAAAUAUGUUUUUCAUAUAUUAUUCCUUAAUAAAUUGUAAACACCAAGUAAUAUUUUAAAGUACUAAUUAGAAGCACAAGGUUAUAAUGUUAUAGUAAGUCUAGUAUUCCUCAUUUAAUAGCCUAAAA